AUGUCAAGGAAGCAGGAAGUGAAGUUCUACGGCUCUAGCGCCGCUAAGGAUGAGAUGGUGUAUGGCGUUGUGCACAUCUACGCCUCCUUCAACGAUACCUUCGUGCACGUGACAGACAUGUCCGGCCGCGAAACCUUCUGCAAGGUGACCGGCGGUAUGAAGGUGAAGGCGGACCGCGACGAGAGCUCCCCGUACGCUGCGAUGAUGGCCGCGCAGGACGUCGUUGCCCGCUGCCGCGAGUGUGGCAUCAACGCCCUGCACGUAAAGAUGCGCGCGACGGGUGGUGUUGGCACGAAGAGCCCCGGCCCCGGUGCGCAGGCCGCCCUCCGCGCCCUUGCCCGCGCUGGUAUGAAGAUUGGCCGCAUUGAGGACGUCACCCCCAUCCCAACCGACUCCACACGCCGAAAGGGUUCCCGCCGUGGUCGCCGUCUGUAA